AUGGCCGCGCCCACCCAACUCCCCGAGACUGCCAAGCCAAAGCACUCCAACCAAUCUGAAGCCGGUCCAGCCCCACUGGCUUCUCCAACAGCCCCCAUGCCACGCCCUGCAUCCCAUCUAGCACCCAUGCCUUCAGAUCAUCCAGACUUCCGAUCCAAGUCCGCUCGUCUUAGAUGCCAACCGCCCCGUACAAACAACUGCGGCACAUUCAAACAACCACCGUCAGUCGCUGCCACUAGCCGUCCAAAGCCAGGCAACCCAUUCCUCCAGCCCCCAACCAAAGGCACGCCUCCCCCAAAGAAGAAGAAGAAGAACCACACAGAAGGAUGCCACACACACGAAGCCAAUCCAGAACCAAACACCAAACACACAGAAACAGAGUCCCCCAAACCACAAACUUCUACACAGCAUCACACUCCCAUAACUAUCCCUUCCUCCCUCCUUAGCCAGAACACCCAGAGAGAGAAAAGAGGCCUGCCACUCCUAACAUCAAGGCCAAGCACCAUCCCAGCAAACACUUAUCAACCACAAUCUCCGCACAUCCACUCACACACCCCGCUCCAGCGCCCCAUCUCCACUGCCCUCCUCCACCAAAACCUCCACAUCCGAGCUCGGAACAUCCGACACACAGGCAGACUCCACGGAAGCCCCACAAAAGGUGCCCAGACAGCCCAACAAGCACAGCCACAUCCUCCAAAACAGCUAGCAACCCUCUAG